UCAGCGGUUGUGUUUUGAGAUCGAGGAAUGAAGGAAAACGAAGAAGAUGCAAACUCAGAGGCAAUCGAUCGGAUGUCUUUCACAAUACCGAUGAUCUCCUUAGCCUGAGUGAUGCCUGAGAUAGCUCGAACGAGCGUUUGGUUGUCGGAGAGCACCUCGAUUGAAGUGAUUUCCAAGUUGGUGGCCAUGCAAAGAGCUGCUCUAAUCGCCACCGCUUCUGCUACUAGAGGAGACUUGACUGAAGCCUCCACCGCCGAACCUGUGAUCGGAGUUCUGAGAGCUGAUCCCGAGAAGAUCCAACCCAAACCUGCGAAUGCAAACUGUGGUUCGCAGUUUAUCCUCAUUGGAGGGUGUGACGUCAUCACCGUACCUAUUGCUUCCUAUGGAGGUUGUGGGAGAUGAUGGUAUCAACGGCAAAGUGGUAAACUUAAACUACUUCGACCCGAUGAAGAAGGAGACGGUGAAGGUUCGUAACCAGACGGUUCCUGAGAAGAUUUGUACAGAGUCUAGCACCUACAUCGGUUCGUCGCGAGGCUGGGUAGCUAGUAUGAACGAAAAAGACAAGACCGUACAUGUCACGAACCUGUUCAAUCCAACGGUGCCAAAGUCAUCGCAGAGAGUUAUCUCGCUACCUCCCUUUGACCCUAUCAGCUCUGACUCUCAUCGUCCAUUUGUCCCUAGUUGUCGGAUCGGUUACGGCGCAUCUCUCUCCUCUUGUCCUGACCGAUCACAAGACUCAGACUCAUCCAUCACGUUGGCCAUCAAGUGGACGGACUCCAUCUCUUUCUGCAACCUGGGCAGUGGAUCGAAAUGGACUCACUUUCAGCAUUCUCUCCCUGGCGAUUUCGCGUGCUCCCGCGUCUUUUUCUCCGACAGAGAUUCAACCUUUUACCUCACUCCCAACAUUUCUUUCCUCCCUGAGCGCCACACAUGUUCCCAGUUCCAUCAACUGGCUUAUUACCCACGACUAUCUUCUCUUCGUCUCCCGGAUAUCUCAGACACCGAGUACGAGCUUUUGAGAUUGUGUGGCCCCUUCAACCAAAUGGUUCACUCUCCCUCUGGCGACUUAUUACUCCUUCUUUGGUUUAUCCAGACAGAGCAUGAUGGGAAACCCAUACCGUACUGGGUACAGCACGAGAAGAAGGAGGGGCAUGUCGUGAAUAGUACCAAGCGGUUCAUUGUACUCAAAGUAGAUUCCGACAGUGGUUGCAAGUCGUACACGGAAGACAUAGGAGAUGUCUGCAUGUUCUUGGGUCGGAACGAGCUCUUUUGCGUCAAUGCCACCGAUUACCCUGGACUCGAACCGAACUCCAUAUACUUUCCCGAAUACGACACCCCUGGUCGCAUUUGCAUCUUCAAUAUCGCUACUCAGACUUUCACCGAGCUCGCCAAUCUCGGCAAUAUCACUACUCCUCCUUAUUGGCUUGAUCCGACCCUCGCAUGAUUUUUUUUCUUUUAAUAAUCAGCAAAUCCAAUUUUCUUUUUGGAAUUUUGUUAUCG